AUGCGCACAUACGAUCCCAUCCUCCUUCCUUCGUCCACUCCCCUCCUGCCACGUGUCACGCGCGGAAGCCCCGCCAUCGCCGGCGUCCGCACCAGAAUAGGGCAGGCGCGCGCACUGGCAGCGGCAAGCUCGCAGGGCGGAGCGGAAGCGAGUGGCGGAGCGGGCGCGGGGGGCGCGGAAGGCGAGGUUGGCGCGGGGAGCGGGCCGCGGCUGGUGAUAUACAGCCGCGAGGGGUGCUGCCUGUGCGACGGGCUGAAGGAGAAGAUCGACACGGCGCUGAUGAUGGGAACUGAGAGCAGUGCGCUGGAGGGACUGCAGAUUGAGGAGGGUGGGAGAGGGGGAGGAGGGGGGAAGGGGGAGAGGCUAGGGGAUGGGGUGGGGAUGAUGGGGGAGAGGAAGAGGGGAAGGAGUGUUGGGGAAGGUCAAGACGGCGCUGCUGCUGAGUGGGUCGGAGAGCACCGUGGGUCAGAGAGCACCGUGGGUCGGAGAGCAGUGCAGGUAGAGGUGCGCGACAUAACAGCGAGGCAGGAGUGGAUGGAGGCAUAUCAGUACGAGAUUCCAGUCAUGAUGAGAGUGACGGUGGACCAAUCAGGGAACGCUGUAGAGACCCUCACUACCCUCAUUCCCCGCCAGUCACUCCGGGCAUCAGUGGAGCGAGUGAGGAAGGCACUAGAGACCCUCAUUCCCCGCCAGUCAAUCCGGGCAUCAGUGGAGCGAGUGAGGAAGGCACUAGAGGUUAACUCUUUGGUGAAUCCCCCCUUUCAUUUCCCCACCUCCCUCCUCCCACCCACCCCCUCCUCCCCCCCAGACCCUCAUUCCCCGCCAGUCACUCCGGGCAUCAGUGGAGCGAGUGAGGAAGGCACUAGAGACCCUCAUUCCCCGCCAGUCACUCCGGGCAUCAGUGGAGCGAGUGAGGAAGGCACUAGAGACCCUCAUUCCCCGCCAGUCACCGCGGGCAUCAGUGGAGCGAGUGAGGAAGACACUAGAGGCCGCAUUCUCAAGUUAAAGCUAAGGCCCGCCUCCUCCCUCUGCACAUGCUCUCAGUGCCAGCUGCCAUAG